AUGGUCACCACUAUCCUAAAAUAUGCCUCAAUCUCUGCCGCAGUAAUCGUUGGGCUUCAUGCCACUCUACUAGGACUCCUUUCAACCUCAAUCUGUCAGGCCCAUGUUGUCUACCUCCAUGGGAUUCAGAUGACCUGGUUCAAGGAUCUGAACAUUCCUGAGAUAUUUGGAUUCUUGCACAACCAGGUUUCUCCGUUCAGUAUCCAGUCCUCCGACGGGCAAACACUCUACGCGUGGCAUAUUCUUCCUGUUGGGCUGUAUCGCAAGCAUGAAGAGGCACUGAUUGCGGAGCCAUCGGGGUUUGCUUUGGAUAUCAAAAGCCGCCUUUCUUUCAAGCUCUUAAGUGAAGACCCUGAAGCCCUGCUAGUGCUACACUUCCAUGGUGCAGGAGGUACUGUAGGGUCAGGUUACAGAACGCCCAACUACCGCGCACUGUCAGCAGGACACCCGGACAAAGUCCAUGUUCUAACAUUCGACUAUCGAGGAUUCGGCCGUAGUACGGGUACUCCCUCGGAAAAUGGACUUAUCCUAGACGCUUUAUCAGUGGUUGAUUGGGCCUUAAACGUCGCUGCAGUUCCUCCCAACCGCAUUCUUAUCUUUGGGCAGUCCAUGGGCACUGCUGUGACUCUUGCUAUUUCAGAACACUUUGCACUUCAAUCGCCCCCUGUUAUUUUCGCUGGCACAGUACUAGUUGCGCCACUCGUUGACGUUGCGACUCUUGUGUCCACCUACAAGAUCGCAGGCACCAUUCCUCUCUUGUCUCCAAUUGCCAGAUUUCCUGCUGCCUUUGCUUACUUGCGGUCUUUGAUCCAAGACAAGUGGUCAAGCAAAGAUCGAAUUGCAGGCUACAUCAAGGCCAAUGAGGCCAAUGGGAAAAAGUACAAGCUCACUUUGAUCCAUGCUGAGGAUGACUGGGACAUUCCUUUCCGCCAUACCCAGUUGCUGUUCUGGCACGCGGUCAACGCUACUGUCUCUGGCGGAAUUAGCUAUGAAGAUCUGGAGGAUGAGAAGUAUAAGACGAGGAUUGAUCUUGGAGCUGCCGGCUCGGCCAUGGAAUGGCGAACCGAAGUCGGCGUCAUCAGAGAAGAACUUCUGCAAACCGGUUUGCAUGACGUUGUCAUGGGAUAUCCAGUGAUCACUAUGGCUGCAAUGCGUAUAUUUGAUGCUGCUGUGGUCUCAUAG